GCUGGGGUGGGAGCUGUGGGCGCUGGUGGGUCUGUGCCCAGCAGCUCUGUCCGUGGGGAGAAGCUGGGCUGUGGGCACCGGGCUAUGCUGUGAAAUGUUGGAAAGGUGAAUCUGGGGAUUCUCUGGAGCACUGGGUAGCACAGGGACAAUAGGACUGAUGACUGGGAGAUGUCGGGCUGGGAUGGACAUGGUGGCCUGGGGAAGGAGCUUGUUGUUGGCUCUCCCUUGUGUCACGCUGAGAUGGGUUAUUACAAGUAGUGCUUUGGAAAUGAACGAUUCAGCACACAUGGUGGGAAGCAGCAGUGAAGCUCACUUUUCCAGAAGAUUUCCUGAUUUAUACACAGCCCCAGCUCAGCUGGGGAGAGCUGUCACGGUCAGCAGCAAGUAACAGCUUGCUUUUGGUUUCUGGCAUGGGGCUGUCACUGUAAGGGACAAAUUGCUGUCACUACCCCCCAGCUUUCCUAAUAGGAUGAAAUUGCUUCUGUGUGUGGGUGGCAAAAAAAGCACAUGAAAGUGGCUGAGGAGUUGGGUUUGAAGUGGGAACUGAAUGUAGAUGUUCCUGUCUUUGCUGUUUCCAAUUAUGAGGAAAUUGUGUAGUGGGGUUUUGCUUUGGUUUUGAGUGUUUGUCAUAUGGAUGAGACAAGUUUUGUAGCUUUUCCUUGUUGGUUGCGGGAGAGCAGAGUGCUCUCUCCCUGCUGCUACGCAACCUUUAAUCCAGACACAAGGCAGGCAAGUCACGGUGAAUGCAUUUCCCUGGCUCUUCAAAGCAGAAAGCAGACAGGCCUGCUUGAAAGGGAAAAAAAAUCCACAGGGAGCGAUCAGGCAGAGUGAUGUCAGCACGUUGUGUUUAUCUCGAAGUCGCUGCUCUUGGGUACUUUGGAUGCUGUGUGGAGCAUCUCUGGGAAGGGUACCCAUGCCCAACCCAGUCCUGCACCCCCUGUGCCUGCUCUCCUUGCCCUCUGCCAGCCCGUGGUGUUUGGCAGAGCCUGCCAGGUUUCUGUCCUGCCCCUUGGGCCUGUCACGGAUGACAAAUGGCUUCUAACGCUUUCCUUGUGUAAACUCCUGCUGCCGCUCUUCCCGGCCCUGCCUCGCGGAUCGGCCUGCCUGCGGCAGAGCCGGUUCAGGACACCAUUACGUGUCCCAGCUGUGAGGGAGGAGGCUGGGCAGGAGUGAUGCAUGUGCUGCCUUUGGCUCUGGAGUGCCUGCCAGCCAGCCUCACUGCUGCUCCACAGCCUGGUGCUCUACGGGACAUGCUGCUCCUUCCUGCUGCUGGUGUUGCGUGGUGCUGUGGGAAAUACAGCACUGCUGCUGUGGCCUGGAUAACUGCUCAGAGCAGCUGGGAUCUGCAGCAUCCACACCUGAGGAAAAACCCUUGUUCUCUGCUACCCUUCUGAUCGCCAGGCUGGACCCUCCCAGUUGUUGCAGCUCCUGGUUUGUUUUCCAUGUAGCAGGCAGGUUUGCAGAGCAGUGCUCUGGGGAAUGCCUGGUGCUCUGAAGAAUCACCUGGGUGGCCUGGGCUGAGCAUUCCUGGCACGGCCAGAUGUGUUGGUCUGUGCUGAGGUUGCAUCUGGCAGGUGCUUGCAUGACUUGGUGGGUUCAUGAAGAGCUCUGGCAGGAAACAAGACAGUUUUUUGCUGUAGUAACAUUUUUCUGCUGCUUCCUCUUGCUCCCAGUUCUUCACCAGUGUUGGGGAGAGGGAUGGGGGAGCACCAGGACUGCUGGGGCAGGUGUGAAGGCUGUGGCAUGAUAGCCCAGAGGAGCCGUGGGGCAGGGACUGGGUCACCAGCCUGUGGCGCAAGAGCCUUACACAUAAUUUCCCUGCCUCUGGUGCUCCUUCCCAGUGGGUGUUCGGGAUACUGGGUGUGGCAUGUGUGGGAAUUGAACCAGCUGAUUGUUUUCCAGACAAAAGCAUGAGGUGUGCGUCCUUGGUGAGGCUUGUGCUGGUGCUCCUGGCUUGCUGGACACAGUUAUAGUUUCUGUUGGAGCAAGAGCUCCAGGCUGUACAGGUGCCUUAUCCUGGGAAGCCCCUUUGCCCCUCCUUGGCUGUGAAACCUUUGGGGCAGGUGUUUUGCUGUCAGCACAUGGUCUGUGCUCCUCUCAAUGGGAGUAUAAUAAAUUUUUGUAAAAGUUCUCCUUAAUAAAAAGUCUUCCAUUAGGGAAAAAAAAAAAGGGAAAAGAAAAAAAAAGAGAAGUUAGGAAACUUUCCCUUCCCUGGCAAGAGCAAGCUGUUCCCUCACAGCACACUGUGUGCAAGUUAAAAGCAGUUACACUUUCCUGGCCCAUCCACUUGACAGCCCUAGUCCUGAGUGCCAGAGCAGGGGACACAGUGCCAGCAUGUCCCCUCCUACCCCGCUGCCUGUGGUGUCACAUUCACCACCCUUAGAGCAGGGGUACGCAGCUCCCGUGCCGGACAGGAAUUGGGUCACAUCCAGCUCUGCCUGCAGGAUCCUGACCCCGUUCUGACUGGGUGUGCCCAAAACACGGGCACGAGCCUGAAGGAAGAGCCAGUGGGAAUGUGCCAUGCACCUUUGACCUUAGGACAUGCCAAGUGUGUGAUUGCUGGGGCGGGAGCAUGUGGCUGUAUAAAAGCCCUGGAGGAGCUCUUGCUCUGGCAGUGCGAGCCGCUCUCUGUGCACAAUGGCUGACCCCCAGAAGCCUGAGGAUGGGGCUGUUGAGCUGGGCACCCCUAAUGCCACUGCCCCCACAGGGACCAUGUCCACCCGGCGCCUCCGCAGCGAGGACUACAAUGACUACAGCUCCACAGAUGUCACACCAGAGGGGAGCCCUCCUGAUGGCAUGAAUGGCUUUGCUCACCCCGAGUCCUACCAGCGCUUCGGGGAGGCCAAUGGGACAACGUGGUACCAGACCCUGAUCCAUCUGCUGAAGGGGAAUAUUGGGACAGGGCUGCUGGGGCUGCCUCUGGCUGUGAAGAAUGCUGGCAUCCUGCUGGGUCCUCUGAGCCUGGUGGUGAUGGGAGUCGUGGCUGUGCACUGCAUGGGCAUCCUGGUCAAAUGUGCCCAUCACUUCUGCAGGAGGUUCCAGAAGCAGUUUGUGGACUAUGGAGGUGCUGUGAUGUAUGGGCUGGAGGCAACUCCCAGUGCCUGCCUGAGGACACAUGCCAUCUGGGGAAGGCGUAUAGUGGGACUUUUCCUGAUCAUCACUCAGCUGGGUUUCUGCUGCGUGUACUUUGUCUUUCUGGCGGACAAUCUGAAACAGGUUGUGUCUGCUGCAAAUGGGACCACCAAUGACUGCAGCCCAAACAGGACGGUGGUGAUGACCCCCACCAUGGACUCCCGCCUGUACAUGCUUUCCAUCCUGCCUUUUGUGGUGCUGCUCACGUUCAUCCAGAACCUCAAGGUCCUGUCCAUCUUCUCCAUGCUGGCCAAUGUGGCCAUGCUUGUCAGCCUUGUAGUGAUCUACCAGUACAUCGUCAGGGAUAUUCCAGAUCCCAGAAACCUGCCUCUAGCAGCAGCCUGGAAGACCUACCCUCUGUUCUUUGGCACUGCAAUCUUUGCUUUUGAAGGCAUUGGUGUGGUGCUGCCUCUGGAGAACAAGAUGAAGAACCCCCGUCAGUUCCCAGUCAUCCUCUACGUGGGGAUGGCCAUUGUCACCAUCCUGUACAUCAGCCUGGGUGUCCUGGGCUACCUGCGCUUUGGGGCAGACAUUCAGGCCAGCAUAACACUCAACCUGCCCAACUGCUGGCUGUACCAAGCUGUCAAGCUGCUCUUCUCCUUCGGGAUUUUCUUCACCUACGCCGUGCAGUUCUACGUGCCUGCUGAGAUCAUCAUCCCUCCCCUCGUGGCCCGGGUGUCGGAGCGCUGGGGCUGGCUGAUCAACCUGCUCCUCAGGGUGGCCCUGGUCUGUGUCACCUGCGUGCUGGCCAUCCUCAUCCCGCGCCUGGACCUCGUCAUCUCCCUGGUGGGCUCCAUCAGCAGCAGCGCCCUGGCUCUCAUCUUCCCCCCGCUGCUGGAGAUUGCCACCUACUACUCCGAGGGCAUGCACCCCCUGGUCAUUGCCAAGGACAUCGCCAUCAGCCUCUUCGGCUUCGUGGGCUUCGUGGUGGGCACGUACGAGGCGCUGGUGGAGCUGGUGGCACCCGCGGCCACCGUGGUGAACGCCACCACUGUCCUGGUGCAGUGACUGUCCCCUCGCCCCGCUGGCCCCUCUGGACGCUGAGCUGGGGGUGCAUGGACACUGGGCACUGCUCUCCUGGGAACAGCAUCCCCUCUGUGCUUGGGAAGCGUGCUGGGUUUGGUCUCUGAGGGGAUGGGGCUGCCCAGCACUGCGGCCGCCCGGCUGCAGCAGGAUCCUGCCCUGGGCUCUGCCUGCAAGGUGGGAUCCAGGCUGGGCAGUGCCUUCCCUGGGGGGGCUCUUAGGGCAGGUGUAGAGCAAAGCAGUUCCUCUGUAAAUAGGCACUUUGAGAGGUGAGGAAUCCCAGGGAUGUAGAUUUUAUUUUAUUAUUUUUUAAAAUCCCAACCUUUCCAUAUUUCCCCUGUCCCUUAGUCAGGGCAGGGAACAGGGACUACUCUUUUUUGUGCCAGUUUGAUUUUAUUUUUUUUUUCCCUGAGCACUUUAUUUUUACAGCAACAGACAAACCUCAGCUCAGGUUAGAGAGCGUGGAGCUCCCUCCUCACCUCAGCCUUGUGGAGAGGGUGGGCAGAGCCUGAGGUGCGGAGUGUGCUGGGGUCCACAACUCUCUCUCAGUGGGAUCCCCAUCCAUGGGCAGUGGCUCCUGCAGUGCUUCAGCUCUGUUUCCAGCUGCCUUGAGCAGGAAGUCUGAGCAGGCCCUGGAGCUGGGCACUGGGAGGGUUUGCUGACCCUUGGUCCACACUUUCAGUAGUGACACUUCUUUAUCCCCAUGCAGCGCACAGCCCAACGCUUGGCUUUCAGAAGCUUUACAGAACCCAGGUGUGUGGGGAGCAAACAGGCUCUGCCAUAAUGAGGGGCUGAGCUGGUCCCCUUUGGGUGGGAUGGGGUGUCCCCAGGGGUCACCACGUGCCACCCACACACCACAAGAAUACAUCACCUUGUUUACAGUGCCUGAGCUGGCCCUGGCACGCUCCGCCUGUGUCUGCAGGCUGAUACUGAAUGUCAAAUCACACACAAAAACUCCAUGAUAUUUCUGUUUUUAACUCUUCCUCUCCUGGUUGCACUCCCUCUGCAUCCUCUGCUUCUGCCCAGCUCCUCUCCUCCUGUAGGAUGCAGCUCCCUGGCACUUCUCCCUGUGCUCCUGUUGCUUCUUUUGUCGUGGCUGGUGCAUGCCUGGUGGGGAUGGUCCUGUGGCGCUGCUGCUUUCCUUUCUCUGAGAGCCCAGCUUCCUCCCUAGAGGGUUUUUCCUUGCCUUUCUACUGGAUUUCUACUUUUUUAAAACAAGGGAGCAAAUGCAUCCUCCACAGGCCAGGUUGAACUCCUGCCUGCUAACGCAGCAUCUCCCAAAUGCCAGCUCUCUCUGGAGAGCCUUCAUCCCUCAUCCCGCUGCAGCCAUGUCUCCCUGGGUGGUGGGAAAGGAGGCUGAGUACAGCACCAGUGGGCUGUGUUCCUCUCUUUGGUGGAGGGUGAGGUUUGCAGUUAUUUUCGGUGUUUGACCAGGUUCUGUGAGGAGAAGGCUGUGUGGAGCAGUGUCCCUGCAGCCUGCCUCUCCCUGGGUGCUGCUUGUGGCUGCACUGUGCCCCUGGCUGGCAGCUCUGGGUGCCACAUGCUGGUAUGUGGACCCAUGGCCAGGUGUGGGGUGGGUCUGUGCCAUGUCUGUGCCCUUUUCCAGCCCCUCUUCUGCUCCCUGCAUCUCUUGGGGCUCACCUCGUCUCCUCCGAGGCUGUGCUGGGGAAGGUUUUGGCUUGGUCAGGAGCAGAGCAAAGCUUUAACUCAACUCCUCCCUCUGGAGGGCACCAUGGGGAUAGAGAGGAAGCACCCGGGGCUGGGAAGGGGCUGCAGGGCAUGACACAGGCGGGACAAGUGCAAUAUUCAUGUCCGUCUCUGUGUACUGACCCCAGCGUGGCCCUUGGGGUUGGGUUUGAGUCAGAGUUGUCAAGCAGAGGAGGCAGUGCUGUGAGGAGCAGGGGAUGUGUGAUGCUUCCCCUUGCCCUGCUAGCAGUGCACUCGAAGAAGGCUGGCCACAUUUUAGGGACAGCUGUGUGCCAAGGCAUGUCCCCAGCCUGGCACUGGGCAGCAGUGGGUUUGCUGAUGAGGCUCCUGGCAUCCAAACUCACUUUGCAAGCAGCAGUGAAGACCUCAUGUCCAAGGGGACUGGGAUAUCACAGAAGCAUUAAAAUGGGUUUUGCAGCUCUUCCCUUUUAUUGGGGUGAGCAGGGGUGUUUGAAGAUGGGGCAACUUGUGCUGGUGGCACAUGUGGUGUGAGGGGCUCUGCUGAGCCUGGGGUCAAGGAUGGACACGAAAACUUGACACUUGUGUAUUGUAGGCUGCUCAGUAACCAAGAAACUUGUCUGUGUAAAUAUAGCAAUGGUCACGUCCAUGUCUUGUGCCUAUGGAUAUUGUCAGUGUACAGCACAGGUGCCUGCCCAGCAGGAGAGCUGGUGCUGCACCUGAAUCAUGUCUCUUACUUUAAUCAAUAAAUAUGAUCUAUUUUUUAUGUGUAAAGGCUUUGGGGGUGUGAAGUGUGGAUUUUUCUUCCAAAAGAAGUGAGAGGAGGAGAUGUGGAGCCCAGCAGGCAGCCAGGAUUCUAUCCUGUGCUGCUCCCACCCCCACACAGCACACACGAUUUCCCCUCCUAGUGAGUUUCAAUAAAAGUGUUCCAGCUUUGCUGCUUGGAAAA